AUGUACGCCGCUCGUGCUCAAAAGUUCCAACAAAGGCUUACACCAAUCCCCCAGGGUCGAAAUUAUCUGCGAGAAUCCAAACAGCUGGCGAAAGAAUUCUGUGAUAACACAUCAAUACAUGGAGUGAAAUACUUUGUGGGCUCUAACCGGGUGGUUAUAGAGAAAGUUUGGUGGAUCGUUGUGUUCUGCCUGUCGCUAUACGGCUGCGGAAAGCUGAUUCAAACCGUCUACAUGAAGUGGGACCGAGAACCAGUGAUUGUCACUUUUGCCCAGAAACCAACGCCCGUGUUCCAAAUUCCUUUCCCAGCGGUGACCAUCUGUCCGGAGACAAAGGUUAAGGCGUCGGAUUUUAACUUCACCAGAGCGUACCAUCUCAGUAUGCAUCCGGCAUUUAGAAGGACUCUCAGUGAGGACAAAAUCAGCAAACUUCUAGUAAUGCUACAGGUUUGUAACUUCGCAUUCACCGAUACAUCGUUCAAUCAAACUUACGACGAUCAUUGCGUAGAGCUGUUGAGAAGGAUGUCAAUACCGCAGCACGAGACGUUCGUUGCGUGUGGUUGGCGUACAGCCGGUAUCAACUGCUCGGAUGAUUUCAGGCUAAUUCUAACGGAUAUUGGAGUCUGCUACACCUUUAACUCUUUGUCCGGCGCAGAUAUGCUCCGAGAAGAUCAACUGCACACCGAGUUCAGAUACAUAGAAGAACCGCAUUCAUCUGCGAAUUGGUCCCUCCACGAUGGGUACCUGCCAGGAACGGAAAUCAACACGUAUCCUAGACGUGUUUUGGGUGCUGGGAUCAAAGCUGGAGUCUUUGCGGUAUUGAAAGCCAACGAAAGCGACAUGGAUUAUCUUUGUGGAAAUUCAUUUCAAGGUUUCCAAGUUCUUUUGCAUAUGCCCGCCGAAUAUCCACAACUUUUGAACCAGCACUUUAGGGUUCCCCUCAACCAGGAAGUGGCAGUAUCGGUGAUUCCCCGAAUGAUCGAAACCGCCGAAAGCAUUCGAUCGUACAAACCACAUCGUCGCCAGUGCUUUUUCAACCACGAACGCUAUCUUCGCUUUUUCCGCAUCUACACCCAAACCAACUGUGAGCUUGAAUGUCUGACCAACUUUACCCUCAAACGGUGCGGUUGUGUGAAGUUCUCUAUGCCACGGGCGGCAAACGUUAGAAUUUGUGGCAUUGCGUUGCAAAAAUGCUACGAGCAAGCGACCGUUGAACUGCUGGAAAUGGAGGUCAAGUACCACGAGAGAUCUCACCCGGGCUUCAUAGAUGACUGCAGGUGUCUUCCGGCGUGUACCUCGGUGCAGUACAACACCGAAAUAUCGCAAGCUUCGUUUGAAUGGAAACGGCUGCUACCGGUGGUGAAACAAUUUCGGGAUGAAUUGCAGGGGGUGCAGGUAUCUCAUUUGGUAGUAUUCUUCAGAGAUGCUCAGUUCAUUACAAUCAAGCGCAACGAGCUAUUUGGAUUGACCGAUUUUCUGGCGAACUGUGGCGGUCUGCUGGGACUAUUCAUGGGUGUCAGUAUUCUCAGCUUGGUUGAAAUUUUGUACUACUGUCUCAUAAAACCCAUUAUAAUUUGGAACCAACCGGAGAAGCAGGAAUCCUUGGUUGUGCAAGUCAAAGCCAUUGAGGAAACGGAACGGAAAAAUGUUUGGUGA